GUUCAAGGCACAUCAACUUUGUUCCCCUGUGGACGGACGGACUACGAAUACCACCUAGGCACAGUCACAUCAUCCCACCGCACACCACUACACACACAGCUUACUUCCAAGGCAUUAUUGGACAAUCAGCGCUUAGCAUCCAUUCCUGCUCUCAACUCUAUCUGUACGCAAAUACAGCCUGCGUGCAUCGGCUUACCUCAAACAAACCUCGCCAUGGCUUCCCAGGGGACCAUGAGAGGGACUCCCAGUCGGAGCGGCAACCGAGGAACUGUACCAGCUUUUCCAAACAGCCCUGCCUCAAACAUCCCUCGUCCUACUCUGGAAACACACUCUACCCAGAGUGAAGCUGGAGGAUCAACCAUGAGCGUCAGCAGGCAAAAGCAGACCAAGAAAGAUGAGGCAAUCCGGAGGAAAAUCGAGACCGAUCUCAGCAAGAAGAAGCAUACCACGAGUCGAGCAAGACAAACGCGAAAGGCGCCUCCUGGAACUGUCCUCGCCCUCCGCCCCAGUCAAGCACUGCAAAUCAAGCCGAAUACCACUGUCGCAGAGGCUGCACAGUUGAUGGCAGCGAAGAGAGAGGACUGCGUAUUGGUUACCGACGAUGAUGAUCGAAUUGCUGGUAUUUUCACGGCGAAGGAUCUUGCUUUCAGAGUGGUCGGAGCGGGGGUAAAAGCCAGCAAUGUCACAAUCGCAGAAAUCAUGACCAAGAAUCCUCUCUGUGCCAGAACGGACACAAGCGCAACAGAUGCAUUGGAUCUCAUGGUUCGAAAGGGCUUCCGCCAUCUACCUGUUAUGGACGAGAACCAAGAUAUUUCUGGUAUUUUGGACAUCACAAAAUGUUUCUACGAUGCUAUGGAGAAAUUGGAGCGUGCAUACAGCUCUUCGAGAAAAUUGUACGAUGCGUUGGAAGGAGUACAGUCGGAGCUUGGAUCAAGUCAACCGCAGCAAAUCAUCCAAUAUGUCGAAGCUCUGCGAUCGAAGAUGUCCGGGCCCACUCUGGAGUCUGUCCUCGACGGCAAACCACCUACCACCGUCUCCGUCAGAACGUCGGUGAAGGAUGCAGCUGCAUUAAUGAAGGAAAAUCAUACGACAGCUGUACUCGUCCAGGACCAAGGUUCUAUUACUGGUAUUUUCACCAGUAAGGAUGUCGUGUUGCGUGUCAUUGCGCCAGGGUUGGACCCUGCCACAUGCAGUGUUGUUCGUGUUAUGACCCCACAUCCAGAUUUUGCUCCUAUGGAUAUGAGUAUCCAAGCUGCCCUGAGAAAGAUGCACGAUGGCCACUACCUGAAUCUACCGGUGAUGAACGAUGCUGGCGAAAUCGUCGGAAUGGUCGACGUUCUCAAGCUGACCUAUGCUACCCUGGAGCAAAUUAAUUCCAUGUCAACUGGGGAUAGCGAAGGUCCAGCAUGGAACAAGUUCUGGCUCUCGCUAGAGAACGAGACGGAAUCGAUCAUGUCUGGAGAGGGAAGCCAGCAUCACAGCCACCAACAUACACAUGGAGCCAGAUCCUUGAUGUCACCUGAUAUGUCUCGAGGUCAUGAGCGUAAUGUCGACGCAAGUGUUGCUCCAGGAGAUUCAGCUUCUCACACUGGAGCCGAAUCACCUCCUCAUUCUGUUGUCACACCAGGCGAGACACAUCUCGAGGAUGUCCCAUUCCCAUUCAAGUUCAAAGCUCCCAGCGGUCGUGUCCACAGACUCCAAGUCAUCGCCGCCAACGGCCUAGCUGAGCUCAUCGAAGCCGUCAUAGCCAAACUCGGCUCCGAAAUCGACGCUGUUGGAGGCGUCGCAACCUUUGAGAACGGCAAACUCGGCGCUUCCGGCUUCGCACUCAGCUAUCAAGACGACGACGGAGACACCGUUUCCAUUACCACGGACCACGAUCUCUUCGAAGCCAUCCUUAUCGCCCGUCAAGGUCACCGCGACAAAGUCGAUCUCUUCGUCCACGAUCCUGAUAAAGCUCCCAUCACCGCAACUCUGGAUCCUCAUCCCGUUAUCCACAAUGAACCAACACCGCCUCAAUCUACCAUUCGUGAGCGCAGAAAGGUCAUCUCUGAUGAAGAAGAGAGCGAAGAUGAGCAGCCUGUGAGACGGAGAAAGAAUGCUCCUCAGCCGGUGCAGGAGCAGGUUAUUGCUGGUGUGCCGAAUGAGUUGUUGUUACCUGGAGCGAUUGUUACUCUUGCGGUUGUAAUUGUUGGUGUUUUCACGCUGACGAGGUUGACGAGCCGUUAAGACGCGGCCGUUGAUUUCAGCCGAACUGUGUGGAAGAGCGAGGAUAAGGGGGAAGUUGUGUACGGCGGAGAGAGGAAAUGUAGAUUGCAUGCAUGGAAGCGGUGAAAUGGUUGUUUUGAUUGUUUUGUAAAUUUAUGUCUCUAUAUCCGGGGUGCUAGCAUCGAGAUGUGGUAAUAAGACUGACUAGGGUGUUUUAUUCUGCGAAACACUGCCCUGGAUAUGAUACUUACUGGUCCGUGAAGUGAUAGGAAUUUGCGAUACAUGUGAUAAAUAGUCGGCCGUAGCAGUCAAGUACCAUUGACCCUUCGCAGUUAAAAACUUUCCGUAUGUUGUGUACAUAUUCGUCCAUGUCAUUUCGUUCAAUUGAUAGUACCAAGGGGGACAGACAGGUGCUCAGGAGGUUGAAUUAGGAGCCGAAAAGAAAGAUCAUGGUGCAUGAGAUUAAUGGAAAGGAUAUCUCACACUACAGUAUACAUUGAUAUCUG